UGGAUGAAACCUAUGGCAUCUCGUGUAUACUUAAAACAACUCAUUUUAGCUCAUUCAAUGAGCUUCAUUAAUCAAAUUAUACAUGAAAGUAACAAGUGCGCCUUUUUUUGACUGUGUGGGAAAAGUUGUCGGAUGUAAAAAAGAAUACUUACCUAGUUACACAGAACACUCCAGCGCAGUUAGCGUAUUAUCGAAUGUACAGAGUUUAACAAGAAGUCGUCUCAUAAAAGCGUUAUUGACCUGGUUUUUAAAAAGCAUAUAUUUAAAAUCUCUCAUGUAGUGUUAAAGAAUUGAGACAAUUUUACGAGUGACAGUCACUAAAAGAGUGACACUGUAGCCAGAACGUAUUGGUACCAGGGAACCACAGAAUGAAUCUCAUCCCAGUUUUCAGUAUUUUCGUUCAAUUUUGUUUAUUGCACAUAGAAAUCAUAUCGACAGGGAAGGGAUACGUAAUUCACCAUAAGAAAAAUCAUAAAAACUUUGUAAAAAAUGUUUUUCUAAACACAUGGGCUGUUGUUGUACAUGGCGAUGAAAAGAUGGCGCAAAGAGUUGCCACAGAGAAUGGUUUUGUUAAUAAAGGAAGAUUAUUCGGAAAUGUUUAUGAAUUUGUGCAUCGUGGAAUUCCAAGAAGAAGAAAGCGUGCUGCCUUUACGAAAACGAUGCAUCUCAACACGGACAUACGGGUAUUUUGGGCAACGCAACAAGAGGCAAAAACACGCAAGAAAAGAAGUAUCCACUUCAACGAUGAAAGAUGGAAAAAUCAGUGGUACUUACACCGUACAGAAGUUGGCUACAAGGAACAUGACAUGAAUGUUCUGCCUGUUUGGGAAAAAGGUUUGACGGGGAAAGGAAUUGUGAUAUCAGUAUUGGAUGAUGGUUUGGAAAACACACAUGAUGAAAUCAAAAGUAAUUAUGAUAAGAAAGCUAGCUUUGAUUACGUCAGUAAUGACACAGAUCCGUUACCAAAAGAAACAUGGCGCAAUGAAAACAACCACGGAACACGUUGCGCUGCUGUUGUUGCUGCUGCAGCAAACAAUUCGAAAUGUAUCGUUGGUGUAGCUUUUGGUGCUAGCAUAGGAGGUAUUCGCAUGUUGGAUGGUGAAGUCACUGAUAUCGUCGAAGCCCGUUCUCUACGUCACGCGAGAGAUCAUGUUGACAUAUAUAGUUCAUCUUGGGGACCGGACGACCAAGGUGCUACAGUUGAAGGUCCGGGACCCCUGGCUAAACAGGCGUUAAAGGAGGGUGCACAAUGGGGCCGACAUGGAAAAGGCAGCAUCUUUGUGUGGGCAUCGGGUAAUGGUGGCGCCGAUGGUGACAACUGUAACUGUGAUGGCUAUACAAACAGUAUCUACACAAUAUCUGUUAGUGCUACCACUUCAAACGGGACGCAGCCAUGGUAUUCAGAAUCUUGCGCCUCCACGUUAGUCUCUGCAUACAGUGGCGGAAUUUCAAAGUCAGACGGAAAAAUUGUGACAGCAGAUUUGCGUAACGGAUGCACGGAUGAACACACAGGAACCUCUGUGUCUCCACCAUUGAUUGCAGGUUUUGUUGCACUGGCAUUAGAAGCAAACCCUAACCUGUCUUGGCGGGACGUGCAACAUCUGCUCGUUGAAACAUCCAGCUUAGACAAACUUAAAGGAAAGGACUUCCGCCUAAAUGGUGCGAAAAAACGCUAUAGCCAUCAUUUUGGAUUCGGCGUAGUAAAUGGAGCGAAGCUGAUAGAUUUGGCCGAAAAAUGGCCAACUAUAACUGAGCAAAAACAAUGUCGCCGCAGGGAAAAAAUACCUGGUUUUCCAAAUAAUCGUUUCAACCAAAGUAGUCCACUCAUAGCGAGAAUCAACACCACAGCGUGCACAAGAGCUGAUCAAAAUGUGAAAUAUGCGGAACAUGUGCAGUUAAUAACAACCUUUAAUCACAGUCGGAGAGGUGCUACCGAAAUUCUGAUUGUCUCUCCUAUGCGCACCCGAAGUUGGGUGUUACAAGACCGAGAAAAAGAUAUCAACGCUGGUUGGUUUAACAGCUGGCCAUUUUUGUCCACACAUUUCUGGGGCGAAGAUCCAAGAGGAAUAUGGGAAAUUAUGUUUUUUAGUAAAGAUCGUGACGAAGAUGGCCAAGGCUUUCUAACUGAGCCCAUCACUCUUAUUAUUCAUGGUACGGAACACAAACCUGGUCAACACAAGAAUGGUGACCCGACUACACCGCCUUACAAAUGCCACGUUGAAUGUAAAAUGGGUUGUUCCGGUCCUGGAAAUGAUCAGUGUGCAAAAUGUCAGCGUUAUACUUAUUUUGACGUCAAAACAAAGAAAAAACUCUGUUUGGCUUCUUGUCCAAAAACCAAAUUUGCUGACAACAACACAAUGGUGUGUCUAGAGUGUCACAGUUCGUGCAGAACGUGUUCCAGACACAACAUAUCGCACUGUACGUCAUGCGCCGUGUCUCAUACACUCAACAACGGACACUGUGUGCGCACGUGUCCAACAAGGAUGUUCAAGUCGUUGGAUGGAAAAGGAUCGUUUGUUUGCAGUUACUGCAGUGAGGGGUGUGCGGCUUGUUAUGGUACAAGUGGUAACUGCACCGCAUGCGAUUACAGCUCUACUUUGAACCGUGGAUCGUGUUAUGAGAAAUGUGCAAGCAAUGAAUGGUUGGAUGGCGACUUGUGUCGAGCUUGUCAUCCGUCGUGUAGAUCGUGUAAUGGUGAGGGGGAGAAUAAGUGUACGUCUUGUCCGAAGAAACAACUAAAUGAUGUCGAAGACAGAUAUCUUUAUAAAGGGACUCGCUGUCUGAAAGAGUGUCCACUUGGUACGUACUACGAGAACACCAUCAAACAAAAUUGUAUGAACUGUUCUCAGAACUGCUUGCGCUGUUCAAACGAUGGACGACAGUGUGACGUGUGUGAUGUCAAAUUUUAUCGCGUGUCUUCUGGCGAUGGAAAAUGUGUUGAGCGAUGUCCAAUAGGCUACUACACAAACAAGAUUAAGCGUACUUGUGAAGCAUGUGGUUUGGAGUGUGCAAAUUGCGUCCCUGGCAAUCCUUUGGCUUGUACCUCCUGUUUGAAAGGCUUUUAUUUGAAAGACAGCGAGUGCGUGUCUGCAUCUGAAUGCAAUACUUAUUACUACGUCAACAAGACAAGUGGAAAGUGCUCACCCUGUCCACCCAAAUGUUUGAUUUGUAAAACUGCUGACGUCUGCAAAUCCUGCUUCGUCAACUACUUCCUGACUGUAAACAAAAAAUGUGUUUCGGUAUGUCCGGACGGUACAUUUGCACCGGACAGCAGUGACAGAUGCGAGUUUUGUCACAGUGAAUGCGCAAGUUGUGAUGGACCAUAUGUUCACGACUGUACCGCGUGUCAUAAGGGAAUGUAUCUACACAAUGGUAACUGUGUGAAAGAUGUCCCUAUGGGUUAUUAUGUGGAUAAAACCUUGACAUGCAAACGAUGCCAUCACACAUGUGCGGCGUGUGUUGGACCCGGACCAAAAGAUUGUCGGACUUGUAAAGACGGAUUAGACAAACGAACAAGCGGAGCGUGCGUCAAUCCUUGUCCUGGUCAGUAUCUUUCUGAAAACAGCUGCAAGAAUUGUCAUCCGAGCUGUAAGUCAUGCGUUGGACCCACUGCUCGAGAAUGUUUGGAAUGUCACAACAAUGAAUCACUAAACGUUGACACACGCACGUGCAACAAAGCGUGUCAUCGCAAGUUUUACGCCGACGACAAAACAUUUAUUUGUCAGUCAUGUCACAAAUCAUGCGCCACGUGCUCUGGUCCUGCUCAUAACCAGUGCCUCACUUGUCCAGACAAAUUGCAUUUCCACAAUAACACCUGUCUUUCGCAGUGUCCAGCCGGUUGGUACAAAACUUUCGACAGAAAGUGUGCUCCGUGCAGUACACGGUGUAAAACGUGUCUGUACGGCUAUGAUUUAUGCACGCAUUGUAAAGCGGAGUUCGUGUGGCGUGAUUUCAAGUGCUACACCGAGUGCGCUGCUCGCAUGUUUCGUCAUUCAAGCAACCGCUGUUAUUCUUGUGAUGACAGCUGCUUAACGUGUGUGGGAACCGCUCCAAAUGAGUGCACGUCGUGUGAGGCAGGCAUGACACUGCACAAUGGAAUGUGCGUGCGUGGAUGUUUACCUGGUUUUUAUAUGAGUAAUAAGAAUUGUUACCCGUGCGAAGAGAAUUGCUUAAGCUGUACAGAAGGAGCCAGCAGAACGCCAGCCUGUACAGUUUGUGCGAACUAUACUGUGUUACUACCAAAUGGGGUCUGUGCAGAAACUUGCCCCGUCUCGACUUACCAAUCACCUCUAGAUAAUCGAUGUAUUCCUUGUCAAGGGAUAGGCUGCAAAAGUUGUUCUCACUCUUCCACCUGCUCUGCUUGUCUACCCUUUUAUGAAUUAUCAAAUGGCAUAUGCAAGUCUACAUGCGGCUUGGACAUGUACCCAGAUUUAAAUACCAAACAGUGUCGAGAAUGUCAUCCGUUUUGUUUAUCGUGUGAUGGACCAACUAAAGCCGAUUGUAAACGGUGUAGUAAAAAGGCUGUGAUGGUGAUUACAAAGAAAAAUAAAAAACAAUGUCUUCCCUCGUGCCCGUUUGGUUUUUAUUCGCUCAAUCAAUUAUGCGUACCCUGUAAGAAGUCGUGCAAGUCAUGCGUGAACAAAGAGAUGUGUACUUCAUGUAAAAACAACACAGUGUUAUACGAGAAGCGAUGUCUCACUGCCUGUCCCAAUGGAUGGUUCCAAGGAAGCCGUCAAAACUGUGUAAAAUGUUCUGACAAAUACGAAAACUGUGUAGAGUGCAACGCUACACUUUGUACGGAGUGUAUACCAAGUGCGUAUCGUCUUUAUGAGACAUGCGUCACGCAUUGCAACGCUUCUUAUUUUCGAACGCGUAGAAAAUGUCUCCCGUGUACCACAGCUUUCAGGCAUUGUGCGAGUUGCAAUGAAAGCGCGUGUGUCACAUGUCAGGAUGGAUUUCACUACAUCAACAACUCGUGCGCGCCAGCGUGUGGUGAUUGCGCAUUUAACGCGUCUUGUGUACCAUGUAGAAAAAAAUCCCUAAAGGUGGAGGGACCGACAGUUACCACCGUCACAGUUUUGCAGGAGAUAACUCACGUAGGGAACCACAAUGCUUCUAAUAUAUCGGUGAGAGUAGUUCAGAGGUCGCGAAGAAGCAUUGAUGAGGAUUCUGAAGUAUAUCCUUCAUCUGGGAAAUUUUUCAAAUUAUCGCUGGCUGUUGUAGCGAUUGGUUUGGUUAGCUUAGUCGGUAUUCUGUUUUGGAGAAGUAAAAAUAUGUACCAAGGGAGAAGAUUCUUUACAAAGUCUAUCGACUCUCCCCCAUUAACGUGGAAAAAGCCGGAAAAGAAAUCGCUGCGGGCAAAUUUUGCACUGAUCAAGUAACGAUUUGAGAAGAUCUCCGAACUUAGAAAACUAAAAAGUAAAAGUCGACAUUUUUUGUGACAUCGCAAUUUUAAGUUUUAUGACGUAUCGAAAGAAUAACCCUGAAAACUAUAGGAUAUUUUAUUUUCUAUAUCGAAUAUGUUUGUAAAGCGUUUAUAGGCAACUUUUUUGAAGAGCUUGUACACAAUUUUUUUCGUUGCUGCGCUUCUUCGCACGUUAAAUAAGUGAUUAGGCAGGAGAAAUAACGAACUUUUAGCCUGGAAAAGAUUUGAUGGCGGUCAAAAAAUAAACUUGCGCGCAGCAAAUUCGAACAAAAGUAAAGUUGCGCACAGCGAAUUCGAACAAACAAAACGAAAAAAACGUUAGCUAUUUCUCGCGUCCUUUUUCGCCUGUUAGCAUAAAAGAAUUGAAUUACUCUGCAGAGGGUAUUAAACAGACAAACGAUGUAAAUUUAAAAAGGUUUUAUUUUUAACUACGGUAUUUUAUACAUCAUAUUAUAUUCGACACCUACGAAA